AUGCGCCUCCCACUCCUCAGUAGCGUCCUGCUAUUCGCAUCCCUCGCCCGAGCGGCCCUCAAAGUAAACGUGCCCUCCCUUGCACUCGCCAACCUCUUACAGCCCGCCGCUCCCGCAACAAUUCGAGGACAGACCGUCGUCUGGGACACCUUUGCGCUCACGAUCCUCGCCAACACGAGUCAUGCGGUCGUGUCAUUCGAGAUACCGGUGGGGGUCAAUUUAGGCUGGAUGGCCGUGGUGAGAUUGGAACGGGGUCUUGAAUCACGGAGCAAGGUGACUGACUCGUGGCUCCGAUCCCGUCACGCUUCGAGUUCAUAGGGCUUUGGCAGCGCUAUGAAAAACUCGGCCAUGGUUGUGCUGUGGCCCAGUCAGGACAGGUCACGCUUCGUCCUCUCUCCUCGCGCCUCCCCGGAUGGGUGGGCACUCCCCGUGGCCUAUACCAGGAACUUUUCGGCUUACUUUCAACAGGUCGACGCCUUCGACCUCAUCUCCACCGACGCAGGAUAUCGCGCUUCGUUUAUUCGACCCCUGACGUUCCCACCUUCUCAGGACGUGUUCCCCGCGACCGCACUCACAGCCCUCGCCUUGGACACACCGAAUCCCAACCAGCCGAUCAUCGUCGCUUCAUCCGUUGUUCCUCCUACCGCCGACGACCCCCGCUCUCCUUUCACGGUGAGACAAAAGCUGCUCAACCCGCGGAAACUUCGACAUCCCACGUGGCAGAAGCAGCUCACACAACACCUAUCACCAUUGGGAUCCGGACCUCGCAGAUGCAUGACCACAAAUCCAUUUUGACGAUGAACCUUGCGAAGCCUUACCUCAAUAAAAAACAAUUGUCGUCGGAGUCUCCGAACACCGGCGGAAAUAAUAAUUCGGGUCCGAGCAUCCCGGUAGAUACUUCGGACGACGAGGAUAAAUUCCCCUCGGACACGCUGGUCAGUCCUUUUUCCAGGCAUGGCAAACUAGCACGUGAGACAGAAAAUCGAGUUCGCACGGUCGUCUGAACCCGGAACCAUCCUGUGCACCGAUACAGCGACAGAUCUUGAUCAUGGGUAGGUCCAAUUGGAUCGUGAUCGUGCUUGAACAACAGUUAUACCCCCUGACCAGGCUCCUGCUGACCCGUUGAACUUGUGGUGUCUCUACGCAUAGCCCACGCAAAUUUGGCGAUCGUCGUUUGGACACUUGUUGCGCCUAUUGGUAUUCUUGUUCCACGGUUCUGCCGCGCCCAUCCGAAAUGGUUUGGAUACGUGAGUUGACUGGGCAUCCUACGCGCCUAGGCACCUAACCGUGGCUGAACCUCUAGUCUUGCUACGAAAUCCUCUUGACAGCAUGCCACUUUUCAGGUGCGUACCAGGCUUGCCCUGUGAUAUUUCUCGGCGUUCUAUCCUGACUCACGGUCCAAUCGGGUGAUUAGGGAUGGAUCGUCUUCCCUUUCACUAUCGUCAUCGUGGUUUUCGGCAUGCUCGCAGGCCAUCCACCUACUGACACGAUGACUCGCACUCAUCAAGUUCGUUUACUCUAACGAGAAACACCUCAGAAGCAUACUCUCUGAUCAACCAAACCUUCUUACUCGCAGUUAAUGGGCCUCACUCUCGGCGCGCUCCUACUUUUGCAAGUCACGUUGGGCUUACUGGCGCGUCGAACCCUGCCGCCGGUCGAGACGAGUGCUGCGCAUUAUGGUGGCACCAAGGUCUUCACCCGCUCGCUCCCGCAAGUCAUCCAUAUGGUCAUGGGUGUUUCCAUAUUGUUGUUGGGCUUUGCUCAGACUCAAGUCGGCCUUGCUCUGUACGCACACGGGACUUUGGCGAUGCUGUACCUCUCCGGUGAGCCCUCUGGCUUCGGCUAGCCCUUUUCCAUGCUCGGUGCACUAACUGCAAAGACCUUUUCACAGUGACGCUGGGGUUCGUUUAUCAAUAGAAUGACUCGGUGUGACAAGGUGCAUAGCUGACUUGAUGGCUUUCCGUUUACGGAUCCCACCAUAGUUGUGCCGGCAUCUUCCUGCUGCUCUUCCUCUCCUCUUUGGUCCAGCUCGUCAGAACGCGACAUCGAGAAGGCAGGUCCUGGUCCAAGAGUAUAUUCGGUCUCGGUCGUACCUCAGCCUCGAAACCCCGCCUCCGCAUCAAUUUGCGACCCAUGAAUGACUCGCGACCUUCGUUUGUCAUGGAGGGAGGACCCAACGCCCCCCCGGCGACACAACAAGAGAGACGACCCACCUCGCUUCAGUCAGGUCAGAGCAUCCACUUUAGCUCGCUUCACGGUCGUUCGCAUUCAGCGACGGACUACGACAACGAUACUAAAGCGCUUGUGCCGAGGGAUAGCUGA